AUGUUCAAAAAGUGAGCUGCUUCUUCCCACCGCUCGGCUGCGGCUUUUCGGCCAUCGGUCAUUAUGAUUGGCGAGAAAUCUCCGCGUUGUUUUUCAUUUCUGGAUCUAGAGUUGUCUGAUUUCCUUGGUUUUGUAGCCUGAUAUUGAGUUGUUUGAUCGCCUGCGGUCCAGUAGUCCCCGUCACAUCCGCAGGAUGUUUGUUCCCUUUCUUUCGGUUUCCCUUCUGGUCCGCCAUCAGCAAUUGACUGAUCCGCGGACGUUGAAGACCUUUUUUUCUUUUGUAUGAGAUACAUUUAACGGAAUUUCUCUCAUUAGCAUUUUUUGAUGUUUCAUUCUUUCAUCACCAGCCGUUCCCUUGGACGGACCGCUUGCCGGGUCGUCCGAGCGGUUUGCUUCAAUUUCUCUAGAGAGCGCGGUGACUAGGUCAUUCCUGUAUUGGCUUGGGUUGAUUUCUUCCUUGCGAGAGGCAUUUCGAUGCACUAGAACGUCAUAGGACGAAGUGGUCGUGUGCUAAUAUAUAAGUGAACUCUAUGUUUCAGUCGUUAGCUCCAUGGAGGAUGACCAUCUUGUAAUCCAAAACUAUUUUAUUAUCUGUUUCAUUAUCGUGGGGGAGAAUCAUCAUGGUUGAAGGAUAAUGCUAAUUGGCUGUGGUUUCAUUUUGUGACACUCAACGCCCGUUUGCAUUGACGAAAAGGCCUGAUUUCCUUUUUAAUUUUUUCAAUUUUAACCCAGGAGGCAGUACUUGUCCGUUUUAGUUUCCAGCUACUAUUUGGUUCAUCGAAUGUCUUGCCAUACGUAAACUCCUUGAUAACCAAUCCUCUAAUAUUUGACUUAGAAGGUUCUGAACGAAACGGAAUUGAGUGUAAUCACUGAAAUUGCGCUUGUUUUUGGUAACAGAUGCUGAUUGCAUAGGCAUAUUUUGUUCUGUACAUGGAUCAGUUAUCCAAAUUUUCGUCCUUUAUCAGGAGAUAUUUGACUUUCUUCCAAGAUCCAUGUGUUAUAAUACCUCACCACAUGGCUUCCUAAUUUUCUUCCUCUGAAUUUCAGAUUUUCCCUAGAGGAAGUGUCUGGUCAAAAUCAAGUUAAGGCAUCUGUACAGAGAAAGAUUCGGCAAAGCAUUGUUGAUGAGGUCUGAUUCUUUGGUAAAGGAGGAAUUACGGGCGUGUAUUUUUGUGAGUAUAACAUUGGUUCUUUUUGAACAUAUCCUGCAGUACCCUGGCCUUGAACCUGUCCUGGAAGACUUGCUACCAAAGAAAUCAUCUCUGAUUGUUGUAAAAUGGUCAGUGAGGAGAUCUUACAUUAUUUAUUAUUUCUCUUUUGAACAAGAUACCGGUAAUCUCAUGCUAUUUAUUAUUUUAAACUUUCUAAUUGGAUAUGUUGCACCUGGUUCCUUAGAAACUUAGGAAUAGAAACUUCCUAAAGGAUUAUUUAUGUAAAUAUUUAAUAGAAUUCUCUCUCAAGGGAUGGACGUCCAUAUGUUUUUGAGUAGUGUAUUAUACAGACAUUUUGGAUAAUGAUUCCCUGAUAGCAAAAGAAAUCAGGUACGCAACCGUGAGAGCAACAUUGAUGUGCCUUGAAAUGAUGUAGUUUCCUCCUGUUACGUGACUAGUCUGGUAGAGGGCCAAGGAGCCAAAUGAAAGUUAUGAAUCCUCUGUUAUGAAUCCUCUGAAGAAUUUGUCCUAUUACAGCAACAGAGUGAACAUAGUGAAGAGGCAUUGUUUUCACAUUUCUUCCUGGAGAGAUGGCCAUAGUUUGAACAAGAGGUGCUUCGAUCUUAUUUUCCAAGCUCAACAAAUUUAUAAAUCGCCAAGUUUGGAUGUCAUGAGAAGGCAUCUUUGUGAGCUUUUUCAAUGAUUGUGAUAUUACAUGAAUUAAGAUGUAGAAGACACUGCCAAAGACAUGGAUCAAAAUCUUGGUCGCAAGUUAUUUUUGCAUAUCAAAUCGAGGUCCAAUUGAUCAUACAAUAUCCUAGGUGAGCACAAAUAUUUUCACCUUUAACUACCAUCGAGUAUAAGCUUUUGGCAACAUAUUUAUCUAUUUGUGGUACGAUGACAAGUGUUCAUUAUAACACGGUUCUUUCCUGUUCGUGUAGAAAUCGUCCGAGAGAAGAAACUACUGUCUUUUUGCCCUUCCAAUAAUAAUCUAUAUGAUUCACCUUAAGAUGUUUAAUGUGUCAGAGGAGAAAGAACUCAUUUCCAUUCGGAGAGAGAAAUCAACCUGAUUGUUUGCAUGUUAGUUAUGCGAGGGAUUACCUGUGAACAGGUAUAUGACCAACAAUGGAAAAUGAAUAAAGCUUGUUGAUGAAUCUUUAUCGUAGAGGAUUAGUAAGUAAGCUCAGUAUUAAAUAAAUGAUCUCGCAUUCUAUUAGCAAUGUUCAAUGUACUCAGUUGUUCUAGCCCAAAUGUAAUUAUUUUCUUCUUUACAUAAAUUAUCAUCCAUACCCCAGAUAUUAGAUCUACAUAAAGUUCUUUCAUCUGGUUGCAGGUUUAUGUUUGGAUUUAUAAACUUUAGUACAAAUGUGCAUGUUGUAAGAUUCUAGGUUAUGAUUUGUAUUAUGCGUUCCUGUACUAGUUGAAAUAUAGGGAUGGUGAGCAUCAUGGCUGAAAUGAAUUGGUACGCUGAAGCGUUCCAGAUGGUGUUAGAUUUUUUAACUGAAUGGUGUACAUUGUUGUCAUGCGUGGAUAUAUUAGGUCUAUCAGGAGGAAUGACUAUCUUAUCAGUAAUGGCGGAUAAAAAGUAUAUCUCCGCUCUCCAUGUGCUGAGAUUGAACGUCGACCCCAUUUUCAUGCUUCUCUGUGGCAGAUUUUUUCUAGUUGGAAGCAUAUUAUCUUUUAACUUAAGAGACAUUCUGCUUUCAUGUAGUAAGAAUUAUUUCAUUUGAGUUGUGAAUAACAUCUCAAGCCUUCGCUGUGUGAUCUUUAAACUUUUGACCUUCAAAUCAUCUUGUGAUUCAUUGUGAACUUUUUGCAUUGAUAGGGGUGAUAUCAACCAAAAACCUGAGCCACAAGUGAUGACACUGCAUACCAAAUUCUUAGAGAUUCAGAAUUUAGGCUAUAAUGACAUUGGUCACUUUACAUAUGACUCGAAUGCCAUGAGAAUGAUGAAUAGUUAAAAAGCCAUCAGUGUCGGUUUCUACUGACCAGCCUUGUUUUGGAUGCUAUAGUGAGAGUAACCAAACAAAAUCUCAAGAGUCCUAAACCUAGAUUCAAACAUUCUUGUAAGCAGAGGAAGGAUAUAAAAGAUUGGGCUACUUCUACCUCUGUGUGAGACGAUAAGGAAAUCUUUCGCUUUUGCUCUUUGAGAUUUUAAACGUUCAUCAUCCUUGUGUUGCUUCUUUUCAUUUGUGGAACCCUGCUGCUAGGUAAGUAUUGGGAGUGUCUUCUGCUUUUUCCUUCCUCUUACAUUUGUAAGUUUCGUUUCAUGGUACUGCUGCACUUCAGAAUUUUUUUAAGUUUCAAGGAGUUAAAGACGCCAAGGCCUGGCAAGGUGUGCAUGUUGUUACCUAGGCGAAAAAAUGUGGCAUAAUCCUAAUGACGUGACGUAUGAUAUUCAUGACAGGCUUCUUGUUUGCAUUUUUGCAUUUUAUGUGAUGGUUAUAAAGAAUUAUUUUUUAUAUCAUUUAAAACACACAAUGCAAUUUGUGAAGUAUCUGCUUCUAGCCGACACUUCACUAACUAAAGCUAAACUCAUCCUCAGGCACAGCGAUCAUGGGCUCUUCAAUACAUUACUUUUCAUGUACAUCUAGAAUAUGCACUACUUGUUUAGGUUUUAUCUGAACUGAAUUUCAUCCUGUUAGCCAAGAUAUGGAAUAAUCAUAAUUUUGAUGAUGAUGAUGAGCUACUUGUUUAAUAGUGAUGAAUAUUUUAAUUCCAUCGUCUUACCUAAUUUCUUUUAAAAAUACACUUAAAGAGUUCUAUAGAUAAUAGCUGGUUUCCUCCUGCUUGGACCUUACUCUGUAUUUUAUUUCUUCCAGUCAGAAUCAUCUAAAUCUUGUUGUUGCAAACAAUGUGCCACUGUUUUUCAAUAUCCGUGAUGGUCCUUACAUGCCGACACUAAGGCUUCUUCAUCAAUGUAAAGUAUUCUUCUUCUGCUUCAUAUUAGCUUUUAUAACUGAUUUUAUAGCUCAUUAUUGAUGUCAAAUAUGGUAUAUUUUUUUUAGAAAAUGUUACAUUUGGAGUAGAAUUUGGACGGAAAAACUGAAAAAAAAAAUGACCACUUAUAGUGUUUGAAAGACCCUAUGUUAAGCAAAGUUAGACACGUGUCAAGGAAUGCUGUUUUAAGGUGUCUUUUUCUGGUGAAAGGUUAUACUGUUUUCUUUCUUUUCUGUGUAUUAGGAAAAGUAACUGAUUUGAGAUAUUGAGAUAAUGAAUGCAUCCAUGUGAAGGUCUAUUUUGAUGUUUGUAUCCCGAUGGAAAAUAGCAAUCUCUGAAGCAAUUUAGGCUUACAUCUAGUAUUUGACCUUUUGACUAUCUAGUAUUUGAACUAAUGUUUGCAAGUCCCGCUGAAUUUAGUCUUUUGCCCUCCACAGAUCCCAAUAUAAUGAAGAAAUUUCAGGUCGACAGGGGUGCAAUCAAAUUUGUACUUUCUGGCGCAAACAUAAUGUGUCCUGGCCUUACAUCUCCUGGUGGAAUUCUUGAUGAUGACGUGUUAGAAGCAAGACCUGUGGUAGGAUCUGUUUCAUAUUUAUGCAAUUGACUUGGUAGAUAUAUAUAUAUAUAUAUAUAUAUAUAUAUAUAUAUAUAGUAUGUUGUAGCCAUAAUUCCUGAUCCAAUGAGCCCUAUAAGUUUGAUGUAUUUCAACUAUAAUAUCCGGAAUGCGUUGCAUGUUCAUUCAACUCCUCCCUAUCUAUAAUUAAAACUGUUGUUCAGAUUUCAUCAUUGGUGCCCUGUUCUUCUAAUUUGGCAUUUUUUUUUGUGGCAUAUUUCCUUGGCAAUAUUUGUCCUAGGCUAGGUUGUCCAACCACCUUGAAUAUGAGUACUCUCCUGGAUACAGUGUCCAUUCUUUUCGUCAUUUCAUACCAUCGUGGUUUUCUUACACGAUUGUAUGGUUGCUUCUUUUCCUAUUUACAUAAAGGCAAAUGUGUCAGAUUCCUAUCAGAAGAUAAAUCAUGAAGACUUCUUUUCGGAAAAACUUAGUUAGCUUGUUUACUUUUUCAAAUCAGCAGAUCUUGUUUUGAACUCAGUACCUGUGUCGUAUCACGUUGAUGAUGGAAAAUGCACUUUUCUGUAAUGAUGACUACUACAGAUUUUGUAUCUUGUUAACUUCUAUGGUUAACUAAUUGCAGGCCAUUAUGGCUGAAGGGAAAGAGCAUGCCUUGGCUAUUGGGUUUACCAAAAUGUCAGCUAAAGACAUGUAAGUUGUGCCUAAAUUCGUACUAUGUAUUUUUCAGUAUAACAUGUUGGCAGUAACUUGUGACAAUAUCCAUGUUUGGUAUAGAGUAGCAGAGUUCAUCGGUGUGUUUGGUAUGAAAUCAGUGUAGCUUGAUUUUCAUGAUCAGUUUGCUUGCUUAAAAGGAAUAUUGAGUAUUCUUGCUUUGGGAAUUUUCCGAUAAGCCAAUAGUUUAAAUACUUCAUUAGAAUUACCCACUAGCGAGGCCAGAUGAAUUGUUAAGAUCCCUAUCCUGAAUUUCCAUUUAUCUGACUAUUUCGUAUUAUCCUAAAGUGUAUCCCAGAAGUAAUCCAAAGUUCCACUGACACAGGGAAUUCGUUGCCUUAGAUAAAUGGAGAGCAUGAAAACGUACGUGGACAUAGAAAUAAAUGCUUCAUGGCUUCUUUCAUUCUCACUAUAUUAUUGUCAUUUUUUGUCUUAUCCUCAUCUCUGUCCUACAUACUUCGCCUUGAUGGUUGGCUGUCCUCUCUCCUAUCUCCUUCACACUUACUGAUCCCUAUCACUGAUUUCUUAUUGUCUCUCUCGAUGUGCCUGGUUCCCGAAUGUCCCGUCUCUGGCACAUGAUACAUGCUAACGUAAAGACUGUCACUUGAUCCACUCUAAAAAAUUGAAUACUGGCACGUAAUGAAACGUUGAUCUAUGUAUGACGCAUUGCAAGAUGCAAAUGUUUGUAUCAACUUUGCAAAAGAGAAGAGCAAUAUUUAUGCCUAGUUUUCGACUAAUUUUGACUCAUUUUUCAAAUAGAAAUUCAAUUAAUUUGUAGGAUAUCAGGUUUUGAGUGAGUUCAUUUAGUGCUUCAUCCAACAGCCUAUGGAAUCUCCAUAAAUGCAAAAGCAGAGUCCGUUCUCUGCAUAAAGAGUAGAGGUAAAUGGAAACUGUUUCGGAUGAUAAAGUUUAAUUUUUCUUUCUGGUCUAAUACAAGCUUGAUAUAUUGGUUUUCCUAAAUUUGAACAUAUCUCCAACCCAACUGCCAGGCCGGACUCAAGGCAUCAGCUUAACAUUCAGAUUAAUUCAGGGUGGCCUAACAUGUAAUUCGUCUCCAAUUCCCUCUGUAAUGUGAUCUACUGAUGUGGGGCAUUCAGGAUUUUAUCCGUAUCAACUUUCCUACAUCACGUAGGACGCCUGCAAUGACUAGUUAUACCCCUGCAUUGGAUUAUAUAUCCCUGUAAGAUGGGACUAACAUAUGCUUGGCUUUCCAGCUCUAUCAAAAGAGUCGUCGUCUUAGCCAACUGUCUCCACUCAAUAUGAAUCCUUCUGCCCACCGAAAAUCUGUCGGUUUGUUUGUUGUGCUGGUGAAUCGCUGGGAUCUUCCUUUGGCUUCUUCUUCAUUGUGAUGCCCAUAUGUUCAUAUUUUAUAAUCUAAAAUGACUCUAGGAGCCUCCCAUGGUCAAGAUUUUUAGGUCGCGUAAAAUUUAGAUUUUAUGAAAAACUGACCGAUGGCUACAGUUAACAUUGCAUAGCUCUAUCUAUGAUUGCAUAACCCUGAUAUACCUCGGAUAGCCUACAAAAUGCGCCAGCGGAUGGCGUCUCGAUGUAUUCCUGGAACCGAGUUUCGCAUCUCUUACAUCACAUGAAUAAUGCCGGCCAUCAUCUUCUACCAUAAUACAUUGUCACGAUUGCAUUUUGAUUAACUUACGCAACCCUCGCCUCGUGUGAUAGUCUGAUGUAAUUGUGUCUAACGAUUUGUCUGCUUGUUCCCUCAGAAGAACAAUCAACAAAGGUAUUGCCGUGGAUAACAUGCAUUAUCUUAACGACGGGCUUUGGAAGGUAUCACUGUUGACGAAAUACCCAUCCCUGGUUACAUUCCACUCCUUUUCCUCGUAGUGACGUCGAAGAAUUCUUUCUAUUGAAACAUUUUUGUCAUCAAGAUCUGAAACCUAGCUCGGUUUCAGAUCCCCGGUAGGGAAAAUGCCCGACCGUUCUUAACUAUUUUGAAAUAGUGUCUACGGAUUAGCUCGUACUUUGGGAAAUCCUUUUAAACCCAGAAUCACGUUUUCCUUUAUUUGCAGAUGGAAAAGCUCGAAUGA